AGGAAAAAGUAAAAGAGAAGAAAUUUACGUAAAGGAAAAGAGAAGGGAGUGAAGAACGCGUCGAGCUCCAAGAAUUUAGGGCAAUCCGUUGACAAACGGUCAUGACACGAGUUGACCCCAGAAACGAAGCGCCCCCGAGAUCUUCCGCAGCCUCACCUCUCCGACUGAAUGAAUGUUCCCACCAAAAUAGCUCAUACCCUCCCGCCUCUCCUCCUCCACGCUCGCUUCCCUCUCUCAGGUGUGCCCAGAAACGGGUUCGUGCGAAUUCCGGAGCAGAGCAGGCGACUCGGGAGUAAAAUGGCGCGGAGCCUGGACAAAUGCGAGGGCAAGUUGGAUGUGGUUCGCGAGGCGACCGAGGCUCACGCCCCAGAGGCAGUCGAAGCUCUCAAGUCGGGGAAGGUGAUUGCUGUGCCGACCGAUACGCUCUACGGCUUCGCUUGCGAUGCUUGUUCUGCAGAAGCUGUUAACCGGAUAUAUGAGAUCAAAGGACGGAAGCAUACGAGUCCUCUCGCCAUUUGUGUUGGGGAUGUCUCUGACAUAGAACGUUUUGCAGUGACCAACCAUUUGCCCCAUGGUUUGCUCGAUUCUCUCCUUCCAGGACCAGUAACUGUCAUAUUGAGGCGAGGGGAAUCAAGUAUUCUGGAUAAGUCUCUUAAUCCUGGAUUAGAUAGUAUAGGAGUCCGAGUGCCAGACUGCAACUUCAUCAGGGUAAUUGCCCGUGGAGCUGGGAGUGCUCUUGCCUUAACAAGCGCUAACUUGAGUGGCCAGCCAAGUAGUGUCUGCAUCAAGGAUUUCGAGAACCUCUGGGAACACUGUGCAUAUGUUUAUGAUGGUGGUGUGCUUCCUUCAGGUCGUGCUGGGUCAACAAUUGUGGACCUUACAAAGCUCGGCUCUUAUAAGAUUCUCAGACCUGGAAGCGCUGAGGAAGAGACUGUUGCAAUCCUCCAAGGGCACUCUCUUAUCGAAGAGAAGUCUGAAGCAUAGAGGAGCUCUCGCAAAGCUAUUAAUUCCCCAGUGAAGAGGCAUACUGAGAUGUGGGUCUAAUUCUAAAUAUAGACAGGUCCAGGUUUUUGUCCAGAAGAUGGAGGAACUGAUAGUGUCUCUGUGAUUGUACUUGUAUCACUCGGAGCUUAUGUUUAUUUUUCUAUAUGAGGAGGGUCCCUCAGAGUCUUCAGUAUAUGAAGAAAACAUCUGGGCAUUUUGGUGAUUGUACACAAUAUGUGUUGCCAUUGACUCUAACCAUCCUGUGCCUGCACGAUUACCUAUAUUACAAUUUGUACAGACAUCAUAUUCCAUCAAAAUACUUGCGCAUAACAACGUCUUUGACCAAGACA